UUUAACCUCAUUACGACAAACAAUCACAACCAUGGCUGAAACACAAUCAAACGACAGCAUCCCUACCUUCAAAUUGGUCCUUGUUGGUGAUGGUGGUACCGGAAAGACUACUUUCGUCAAGCGCCACUUGACAGGAGAAUUCGAAAAGAAAUACAUUGCCACUUUGGGUGUCGAAGUUCACCCUUUGCAAUUCCACACAAACUUUGGUGCAAUCUGCUUCAACGUUUGGGAUACCGCCGGUCAAGAGAAGUUUGGUGGACUACGUGAUGGAUACUACAUCCAAGGACAAUGCGGUAUCAUUAUGUUUGACGUUACCAGUCGUAUCACAUACAAGAACGUUCCCAACUGGCACAGAGAUUUGGUCCGUGUUUGCGAGAACAUUCCAAUUGUCUUGUGUGGUAACAAGGUCGACGUUAACGAACGUAAAGUCAAGACUGGUGCCGUUACUUUCCACCGCAAGAAGAACUUGCAAUACUUUGAAAUCUCUGCCAAGUCCAACUACAACUUCGAGAAGCCAUUCUUGUGGCUUGCACGUAAAUUGGUCGGAAACCCAAGCUUAGAAUUUGCCGCUGCACCUGCUUUGGCACCACCAGAAGUUCAAGUUGACGCCAAACUUAUGGCUCAAUACGAACAAGAAUUGGCACAAGCACAAGCUGCCCCUCUUCCAGAUGAAGAUGAUGGAGAUCUUUAAGAAAGAAAAGACGUAUAGAUAGGAACAAAUUUGUGUUCAAUUUACCCACCCAAAAUAUAAGAGGCAAUUUAUGAUCUAACGAUUAUGAAAACACAUAUUUGAUUGAUCUUUUUGAGCCUUUUGUAGAUCUUGUAGAUUCUCAAACUCAAAGUUUUAUUUUUGCAAACUCAGUUGUAUCGAAAGGGAAAA